UCAACCACAUGAGGAUGUUCUCAGUAAUAAAAGAAUCCAAAUCCAUGUGAUGCCAAAUCCAGUAUCUUUCAAAUUUUUGCCAGUGAUUGUUAGGUAUUUCGUCAUGGUUAUUGGUCAGUGCCUUCAACUCUGUUGGGUCCUCUUCUUCAAGAUGAAAUGGCCUUCACAUAUAUUUGUCCAGAACCCACCGGCCAUCCCCACCCUAGCCGUCGCGUGGUUUGCAUGCAAGGUCUAUGGCAGCAAGUUUGUGGUAGAUAUGCACAACUACGGAUAUACCAUACUAGGUAUCAGCCUUGGAAAGACACACCCCCUUGUCAGGUUUUAUGAAAAGUUCGAGCGCUUCUUUAGCCGUCAGGCUGAUGGACAUUUCUGUGUAACAGAUGCAAUGAAGACGGAUCUAGUUGAUAACUGGUAUAUCAAACGUCCAGUAACUCUGUAUGACAGACCAGCAGAAAAGUUUAAAGAAACUCCUCUAGAAGAACAACACGAGUUAUUCACAAAGCUGGCAGAAGAAUAUCCCGAAUUUGCUUCUAAAUCUGGAGAGGAGGGUGGGACAGCCUUUACAUCCAUGGCGUCUGGUGAAGCAAGGAAGGUAGAUGGUAGACCAGCUCUGCUUGUCAGCAGUACCAGCUGGACUGAAGAUGAGGAUUUCUCCAUUCUUUUGAGUGCAUUAGACAAAUUUGAGGCUGCAAAGACUGAAGGCGGUGCCAACACCAAUCUUCCCUCUUUAAUAUGUGCCAUUACCGGUAAGGGUCCCCAAAAGGAAUAUUACAAGGGGCUUAUCAAGGAGAGAAAGUUCAAGCACAUCAAGAUAUGUACACCAUGGUUAGCUGCUGAGGAUUAUCCAAGGUUGCUAGGUUCAGCAGACCUUGGGGUGUGUUUACACUACUCAUCAAGUGGACUGGACCUACCUAUGAAGGUGGUGGAUAUGUUUGGGUGCGGUCUCCCAGUAUGUGCAAUAGACUUUAAAUGCAUUGGUGAACUGGUGAAGCAUGAAGAGAAUGGCUUGAUUUUCAAAGAUGCUGAAGAACUUUCUAAUCAAUUCCAGGAUCUACUUUCUAGUUUUCCAUCCAACCAAGGCAAGCUGAAGGUCUUCCGAGAGAACCUCAAGACAUUCCAGGCGCUACGAUGGGAGGAGAGCUGGAAGCGAACAGUUAGACCAACUCUCUACACCUAAAGAUGAUGUUUGACCAUGCCUUUACAGUGCUGGAAUCGAACAGGUAGACCAACUCUCUACAUUUAAAGAUGAUCUUUGGCCAUGCCAUUCCAGCAUUUAAGGAGCAAGACAGAUUCAUCCAACAUCAGUCGGAUAUUAAUUUUCUGAAUUCAGCAUGUAUGAUGAUAUGAUUGUUUGGUGAGAUCUAGUAAUCUUAAUAGUACUACAUGUAUACACUUGUCUUAAAGCAAAAAUGAACCAUCAGCGAACAGUUAGACCAACUCUCUACAUUUAAAGGCAUGAUCUUUGACCUUACCAUUCCAGCAUUUAAUGAACAAGAAAGAUUCAUCAAAACAUCUGUCGGACAUUGAUCUUCUGAAUUCAACAUGUAUGAUGAUGUGAUUGUUUGGUGAGAUCUAGUACUAUCAUUACCUGUAUAUCCUUGUAUUAAAGCAAACAUGAACCAGCUUCGUUCAUACAUUAGUGCUUUUGGUGCAGUCUGUGCAAUAAUCAACUAUCAUACGGCCCCAAAACUGCUAAUUUUUUAUUCACAGACUCUUUGUAGGAUCCCAAUCAAAUGUACUUCAAAAAAAAUUAGGUAUCGCAAUUUUUUUUCUGAUGUACUUUUUUUUUUUUUUCUUUGUUUUAGACUUUUUUUCUUCUUUUUUUCGAUGGAAAUUGUUGCAGACUUAAUUCUGAUCAUAAACAAUACAAAAUUAAUUAAGUUUAAUCAGUAAAAGUAGAAAUAAUGAUACAUUUAUGAAUUUUGGCUAAAUACACAAUUUGCAUUGGAUUUGUACAUGAAUUCAUGUUUUUGAGCAGUUUUGGGUCUGACAUGCACUUACAUAAUGUUGCGUAAUUUCGUAACCGAGCAUCGCAAAUUUGGUCUCAAAAUUGUGCGAGAUUUGAAAGUAAAAAGUCAGCGAGCGGCGUAGUUGAAAAAUUUUGCGCUGCGGAUUUAUCAUGAAAAAUGUAGAGGGAUUUAUCGUGAAAAAUGUAGAGGGUGGGCAGAAUCCGCCCCCGCCCCCCCCCCCCCCCCCCCCGGGCCUUUUAGGGUUAAAUAAAUAACAAAAUGUUUGCCAAACAAGAGGUAAUCACAAGAGCUAAUACCUAAUCGUGACAUGACCGUAUUGUCAUUUAAUUCAUAGGUCUUUAGCUUUAAUACAUGUUUACUUUAGUUUUAAGCCCUGUGCACACUACACGAUCCUAUACCAUGUGAUUUUUUACAAAUCACAUUUUUCAUUAAAUUUGGAAGUUGAAAGAAGUAAGAUUUUAUUUGAAGUUCCGUAUAGUGCUUGGAAUACUAAAAUUUGCUUUGCUGCAAAGCUUGUUGCAGGAGUAAAGUCCAAAUCGGCUUCAAGUCACAGUCGAUGAUGCCUUCACUAAAAUUUGCAAUUAAAUCUGCUUUUAUUCCUACAGUGGGUCUCGAAAUAGACUGAAUUUAUGAUUUCAGUAUUCAUCAGCUAUUGAGAUCUGUGACUGUUAAUAUUUUAUAGAUUGAAAUGAUAUGUUCUUGUCACGUGCUAUUACAAUUUCUUUGAAAAUUGGGUCGCAACAUAUUGUAUAGUGUGCACCGGACUUUAAAUCAGAAUAUUUAAAAGUUUACAUUCUAGUUUCUGUUAUGAUGUGCCUUUAUUUUUACUCCUUGCUGUAGAGAUUUUUUUUUCUUUAUUUUCCCAAAAUGAAUUUGAUGAUAUGAGAAGAAUAUAACAUGUUUUUCCUUAAUGCUCUUUAUGUUGAAAUAACUUCCAUCGAAGGAAACUUAAACUAUUUUAGUUAUUUAUUAUUUGUUUUAGUUUCUCCAUUUACAAUUAAUGAUUUUAUGCACAAUGUUUGCAAUUAGUAGUUAAUUCCAAUCAAGGUCAUUUGUGUGGAAGUCAAAUGCAGGUUUUCUAUCAAACUAAAUGAAGUGAAUGUCAGUUCAAACUCGUUAAUUCACUCAAAACAUUUUAGUAUCAAAUAUGUGACUGGCAUUCACUUAUCAUGAACCCAUUUUGUUAUGUAUUUUAUAAUAACUUUCAUGUAGCUUUAAGGAGCAGGUCCAAGCUAUUAUUUAUUCGCUGAUAGUUCAGAGUAUCUUUAACUAUUUAUUGUUUCAUUCACAAAUGCUUGCUUUGUAACUUAUAAAGAAUGCUUUCCCGGAGUAUGAAUUGUGCUUAACGCUAUUUGGCAAGGAAUUUUGGUUUCUGUCAGGGGGGGAGAAUUAAACUCUCCUUAUGUUGUUUCAUGAAUUUCCUUACGGGUUUUUUUUUGUAACCUUUUUUGGGGGGAGAGGGGUUUACACCAAAUUUAUUGAAGAAUCUUUUGGAAGCAUAUUUAUUAUUUAAAAAAAAAACGAAUUUCAGCCUGAGAAAGUUAAAAUAUUUGAAUCUACGGUAUAUGAAUAAGGUGAGAAAAUUCCAUUUGCAUUGACUUUAUAUAUAAAAUCACUUUUUGAAACAAUGUUUGGUUUAAUGUACACUUACAAAAUGCUGGCUAAUCUGGGAACCGCAUAUCCGGGCAUCAAAACUUUGAUCUCAAAAGAUGCACAAGAC